AUGUGGUCCAGAAUGAAUGAAUGGUUCUGGUCAGAGAAACUCUGGCUUCCAGCCAAUGUCACAUGGGCCGACCUGGAGGACCGUGAUGGUCAGGUAUAUCCCCAUCCCCGAGACCUGCUGGUCGCCUUGCCUAUGUCGCUUGCCCUGCUGGCCCUUCGCUUCAUCUUUGAAAGAUUCAUUGCUCUGCCUCUCAGUUGGUGGCUGGGGGUGCGGGAUCAGCCUCGGCUGCCAGUCAAGCCCAUUCCUGCGCUGGAGAGACACUUUAUGACAGCUGGACCAAAAUUCAAGGAGGCCCAGAUGGUGCUCCUAGCCUCCCAAUGUGGGCUCACACUGCAGCAGAUUCGGUGCUGGUUCUGGAGACGCCGAAACCAGGACCAGCCCUCCCUGAGCAAGAAGUUUUGUGAGGCCAGCUGGAGGUUCACCCACUUCUUUUGCUCUUCCCUUGGUGGUUUUUCCAUCCUCUACCACGAAUCCUGGCUGUGGAGACCAGUUAUGUGCUGGGACAGUUAUCCAAACCAGCCCCUGAAGCCCACCCUCUACUACUGGUAUCUCCUGGAUCUGAGUUUCUUCAUCUCGCUGCUCAUCAUGAUGCCUUUGGACAACAAGCGCAAGGACUUCAAGGAGCAGGUGCUGCACCACAUCGUGACCAUUGCCCUGAUCGUCUUCUCCUACAGCUCCAACCUGCUGCGUAUUGGCUCGGUGGUGCUGCUUCUGCUCAACUGCUCCGACUAUCUUUUGCAGGCUGGUAAGAUGUUCAACUACACGCAAUAUCAGAAUGUGUCCAAAGUUCUCUUCUUCAUCUUCGCCUUAGUCUUCUUCUGCACGCGAAUGGUGAUCUUCCCCACCCAGAUCCUGUACACCACCUAUUAUGAGUCCAUCAAUGGCAGAAGCCCCUUCUUUGGCUAUUACUUCUUCAAUGGGCUCCUGAUGAUAAUUCAGGUGCUGCACGUCUACUGGUCCUACCUCAUUCUGCGCAUGCUCUACAACUUCACCUGGAAGGGGAAGGUAAGCCGGGACAUUUGCAGUAAUGUGGAGGAGUCAGAAACAAGUGAUGGUGAGGUGGCCAAGAAAAACCCUCAAAUGCAAAAUGGGAUGUCCCACCGGCGAGGGGUGAUCACCUCUGAUGGGCCUCGAACCCUGGCAGCAAUGCAUCAGGCUAAAGAACACAAUCAGCCCAAAUAG